AUGGCCGUCAGAAAGCGUUUCAUCAACCCCUUUGCAGGCAAUGGUUCAGCCAAGAAUCAGUCUACUGCCGAUAUUCCCGAGACUGAGACACCAGUUGAUCUCAAAUGUUCUUUAGAAAAAUCAAAAGAGGCUGAUAGAGCUUCCUCUAAUGAAGAGCUCAUCGAUGAAAAUGCGCAAUCUGGCACCCAGAAGGCCCAGGCCAGUACCCUAGCCUGGACAAGAAACACUUUAAUUGCCGCGUAUAUUCUUAUGUGGGUUGUCAACUUCCUGCAGUACUUCAGUUCCGGAAUGCUAGGUGUUUUAUCGCCCUACAUCUAUAGUGAUUUUCAGCUACAUUCACUCACGGGCCUGACCUCCGUUAUCGCAUCCUUAAUAUCCGCUCUGAUCAAGUUUCCCUAUGCAAAGCUCAUGGAUAUCUGGGGGCGACCCCAGGCUUUUGGACUUAGCGUUGGAUUCCUGACUCUCGGCCUCGUCAUGAUGGCUGCUUGCAAAAAUGUCCAAACAUAUUGUGCCGCUCAGGUGUUCUACCAGAUCGGGUUCAGCUGCAUAGACUUUUCUAUGACCAUCUUUGUUGCCGAUACAACAGCUUUACGAAAUCGUGCGUUCUGGAUUGCAUACUCUGCAUCCCCGUAUUUGAUCACGCCUUGGAUUUAUGGUUAUGCCUCCGACCAGAUCCUCGCACCUGGAGGUAUUGGAUACAGAUGGGGCUUUGGCGUAUUUGCCAUCAUUAUGCCUGUCGUCAGUGCCCCUCUCUGGGCUUUGUGGUCCCAUAUUGAAAGAAAAGCCGAAAGGAUGAACCUGGUGGAGAAGGAGAAUAUCAGUCGCACCCCGUGGCAGUCGGUUGUUCACUAUUUGAUCGAGUUUGAUGUCAUUGGAUUGCUCAUUGUCUCCACUGGCUUCUCCCUCUUCUUAUUGGCCUUCAAUCUAUACUCCUAUCAGACAGAAGAGUGGAAGUCGCCGAUGAUAAUCUGCUUCAUUAUCUUUGGCUUCUUCUUGAUCGUCUCAUUCACUAUCUGGGAGAGAUACUUUGCUCCAGUGAAGUUUAUGCCAUGGGAGCUCAUCAAGAAUCGGACAGUUUUUUUCACCUUUGCCAUGGUUAACUCCUUAUACUUGGCCUGGUACAUUUGGGACAGCUACUUCUUAUCACUCUUGCAAGUUCUUUUUGACCAGAACGUCCGGGAUGCGACGUACAUCUCCAACAUUUAUACUAUUGGGUCGACCUUCUGGUGUCUUGUCUUUGGUGCCAUUCUCCGAUACAAUGGUCGCAUCAAGUUGUGGGCAAUUUGUUUUGGUGUCCCGCUAACUAUUCUGGGGGUCGGACUCAUGAUCAAAUUCCGCCAGCCCAAUUCGCACAUCGGAUACAUUGUGAUGUGCCAGAUAUUCGUUGCUUUUGGAGGGGGCACUUUAGUCAUUUGUGAACAAAUGACUGUCAUGGCUGUCUCGUUACAGCGCAACAUUCCCGCUGUCCUGGCCAUGGAGGGCGUCGUGUCUGGCAUUGGCAGUUCUAUCGGAGGAACUGUCGCUGUGGCGAUGUGGACCGGUAUAUUCCCGGUCAAGUUGAAAGAGCUUCUUCCAGCUUCCGCCCAGUCCGGUUUCACUGCAAUUUAUGGCUCCUUGGAAGUUCAACAAUCGUAUGAUCGGGGCACGUCUACUAGAGACGCCAUUGACCAGGCGUAUGGCGAAACACAACGCCUGAUGCUUAUCACGGCCACUUGUCUCUAUCUCAUCACGUGGACCUCUUGCUUUCUCUGGAAAAACAUUGAUGUGAGAAAGAUGAAGCAGCAGGUCCAUGGAAUUCACUUCUGA